GCUUCAAGGUGAUGAAGCCCAAGGUGCUGCGGAGCUGGUGCCGGCAGAUCCUGCGCGGGCUGCACUUCCUGCACACGCGCGCGCCGCCCAUCAUCCACCGCGACCUCAAGUGCGACAACAUCUUCAUCACGGGCCCCACGGGCUCCGUCAAGAUCGGCGACCUGGGGCUCGCCACGCUCAUGCGCACCUCCUUCGCCAAGAGCGUCAUCGGCACCCCGGAGUUCAUGGCGCCCGAGAUGUACGAGGAGCGCUACGACGAGUCGGUGGACGUCUACGCCUUCGGCAUGUGCCUGCUGGAGAUGGGCACCUCGGAGUACCCCUACUCGGAGUGCCAGAACGCCGCGCAGAUCUACCGCAAAGUCACCAGCGGCAUCAAGCCCGCCAGCUUCGACAAGGUGACGGACCCCGAGGUGAAGGAGAUCAUCGAGGGCUGCAUCCGGCAGAACAAGGCGGACAG